AUGAAGUUCUCCAAGGCGAUCGCAGUUCUUGGCUUCGGUCUUGCUGCAGCACAGAAUGAUCGCCGCCAUCGCUCUGAGUUGCUUCCACGCGCUGAGGUGGAGAAGCUUGGUGUUGUAUGGCGCGGCAAUGCCUCGACACAUCAAAGCUCCCACGACCUGCUUGAGGCAACAGAGAUGCCCUCGGAUUUCAGCUGGUGCAACAAGGAUGGCAAAAGCUACUGCACCAUGUCUCGGAAUCAGCAUAUUCCGCAAUACUGCGGAUCAUGCUGGGCCCAUGGCGCCAUCUCCGCUCUUGGCGACCGCAUCAAGAUCGCACGCAAAGCGCAAGGAAUCGACAUCAACCUCGCGGUUCAGCACCUGCUGAACUGCGGUGGCGUGGGCACAUGCAAGGGCGGCAGUGUCGACGGCCCAUAUCAGUGGCUCAUGGAGAUCUCCAAGAAGGGCACCGGAAUCAGCUACGAGACCGCCAAUCCUUACGUUGCCUGCACUUCCGACUCCGAUGAGGGCUUCUGCAAGUAUGUCGACACGUCCUGCAAGGCGCUGAACGUGGCCCGGACCUGUGGAAGCUUCUCCCAGGAGGGUGGUCCUUGCACCGGCCUUGGUGAAUUCCCCAACGUGACAAUUUCGGACUACGGCUCCAUCUCUGGUGCUGAUGCCAUGAUGAAGGAGAUCUUCCAUCGCGGUCCGAUUUCGUGUGGGGUGGACGCUAACCCGCUGCUCAACUACGAGUCUGGCAUCAUCAAGACGAAGGGCGAGGGUGUCGAUCACGUCGUGUCAGUGGUUGGCUGGGGAACCGAUCCGAAGGACGGCUUCUUCUGGGUCGUAAGGAACUCUUGGGGCGAGUAUUGGGGAGAAAUGGGGUACUUCCGCGUGGCGAAGGGUGCGCUGCUCCUGGAGGACCAGUGCUCUUGGGCGGUGCCUGCGACCUUCACGGCUGCGGAGAAGAAGAAUCAGGUGCAUUGCCACGAGGGCGGCGACAAUUGCAAGGCGAAGGAUGCCGAGCAGAUGGUCGUCUGA